GUUGCCGGCGCCGAGGCCGACUUGGAAUUGUUGUCGAAUUGGCCCGAUUUUUUUGCUGCCUCCGCAGCAAAGACGUGCAACCAAGCCCAUACAAUCCUUCACCGCGUGCUCAGCGACGCAGACCCUUCACCCCUUGAAGGACAGGGUCCGUCCAUAGCAACAACAUCAGCAAGCUCUCCCUCCCUGUUGCUGCAGUUACGCGCGCGCGCAUCGAUUGAUUGAUCCAAUUACGCCAUCACCACACUCCCACGUAAAGCACAACAAGCCACCAUGUCACAGUACCCCGUUGCCCAGGUCGUCGGCGGACAGCAGGGCGGCGUCGUCGGAGUAGUGAGCCAGCCCUCGGACGUGAACCUAGAUAUCGGCGGCCGCGUGGAACGGAUGCAGAACGAGCUCGACGUGCCGGAGCAGAUCGUGCGCGAUUUGUUGAGCGUGGCGGGCGCGGACAUCGUCGUGAUCGCCGACGACAGUGGCUCGAUGGGCGCCGUCGCGAACUACGUCACGCGGUCGACGCGGUGGACGGAGUCGGGAGCCGUGUGGAAACCAAAUGUCGCGACGUGGGCCCGGUAGCUGGCAUAACAUAACUCACCGGUUGAUUCCACACAGGUUGCGCGAUACGCUCCAGAAGCUCGCGCACAUGCUUUUGGUCGUGGACCACACGGACGGCUUCCACAUCCAGUUCUUGAACGAUCCGACGUGGCACGAGAUCCGCAGCGGCUCCCAGGUCGAGACGCUGUUCUACGGGCGGCAGCCCAAGGGCCGGACGCCGCUCGCGACGCGACUGAGACCGCUCCUCAGCGGCCAGUGGCACCCCAAGGGCCACGGCGCCGAGACGGACUUGAUAUUACUGAUCAUGACGGACGGCGAGCCGUCGGACUGCUCCUUUUCGGAACUUAGGCAGUUAGUCGGCCAGAAGUCCCCGAAAGUGUACUGCACGUUCAUGAUGUGCACCGAGGAGGACGACGUCGUCGAGCAGUACAACAAGUCGCUGGACCGCCUGCCCGGCGUGGACAUCACCGACGAUUAUGUGAGCGAGAAGAAGGAGGUGGAGAAGCUGGGCAACAAGCUGAGCUACUACAAGUGGAUGGCCAAGGCCGUGCUCGGCGGUAAGAUGCCGAAAUACGACCACAUGGACGAGAAGCGGGCCGGCGGCGGCGGGGCGUGCUGCGUGAUCGCGUGAGGCUUCCGUCCUA